AUGCCUCACAAACACAAGCGCAGACAAAAUGACCCAAACACAUACGACCUCCCCCCAAACCUAAUAGCAAAAGCCCUCCCCGUCCGCGACCCCUCCAAGCCCGGAAAACCAAAGGGCAAAGGCAAAGGCAAUUUUAAACCAGUUACGAAAGCGACCACAAAGCAAAAUCCCAAUGCCGGCUCGAGACGCAAAACCGAGCGCGACGAUGACACGCCCGCUGCCUUUCGGCGGCUGAUGCAAUACCAAGAACGGAGCCAGAUGAAAAAAGCGAAUAAGAAGCGGAAGAGGGAUGGGAAUGAUGAUAGUGAUGACGAUAGCGAGAGCGAUGCGCCUGUUCCUGUUCCGAAGAAGGGUACGAAGGCGAAGAAGGCACCCGCUGGUGUAUCGGCUUCGACGUCGACAGGCGCAGAAACAGAGACAGACAAGCAGGAGAAGAGCGUGGUCGCGCCGAAGAUCCUUCCCGGGGAGAAGCUCUCCGAUUUCGCUGCGCGCGUGGACCGCGAGAUGCCGCUUUCGAAUAUGAAGCGGUCUGCGAACCCCUCGACUCCAGGUGACCUGCCGAAGAUGAAAGACCACCGGACGACGAAGCACGAGAAGCAUUUGCGCCGACUGCAGGCCCAGUGGCGUGAAGAUGAUGUGCGUAUCAAGGAGAAGGAAGCCGCAGAACGAGAAGAGAGAGAAGAGGAGAUGGAAGAGCAGUUGCGGCUAUGGAAGGAGUGGGAAGCUGAGUCUGGGAAGAAAAAGCGAAAUCCAAACGCUGCUGCUGGGAAGCAAAAGAAGAAGGGUACGGGUGCGGAGGGUGUGGAGCACGAUGAUGGGCCGGAUCCAUGGGCGAAGCUGAAGAAGAAGAGAGCGGCUGUUAAGCCGUUUGACGUCGCACAGGAACCACCGCAGUUGAAGAAGCCGAGAGAGAUCUUCAAGGUGCGCGGAGGUGCGAAGGUGGAUGUUGCGAAUGUCCCGGCUUCAGUGGGCAGUUUGAGGCGGAGAGAGGAGCUUGCGAAUGAGCGCAGGAAUAUUGUCGAGGAGUAUAGACGGUUGAUGGCGGAGAAGAGAAAGGCUUAA